CCCCCACUAGGUGGAUCGCGUGGCCGCGACCAUGUACACGGCCAAGCCCAAGGCGACGUUGAAAGUCAAGCAGGAAGCCGCCAAAGUCAAGGUCAAGAAAGGACCGUCCGUGGAAGAAUGUGUUGGCAAACGAGACUUCACGGGCGCCGCCACGAUCCUCGAGUUCAACGUCAAGAGCGAAGACACCAAGCCCGACGACAAACGCAUGCACUUGCUGUGGCUGGCAUAUUGUUACUUUCACCUGGGCCAUUACCAGCGCGCAUUGGACACGUAUGAAGAAGUGCGAGACCCGCCCGAGGACGUGUUUCUCUUCCGCGCGUGCUGCAUGUACUACCUCCAGAUGUACAAGGAAGCGACCAAGGAAGCGUUGAAAGGACCGUCAUCGAAUGUGCUGCAGAACCGCAUCCUGUUUCAUUGUGCGCAUAAACUUGGCGAUGAAGACAAACUCCUCGUGUACCACCAAAAGCUGUCCCAGUGCAAGGAAGACCAGCUGUCGCUCGCCGCGAUUCAUUAUCUGCGCAACCACUUCCAAGAGGCCACAGAUAUCUACAAACGCCUCCUGCUUGAAAACCGCGACGACAUUGCCCUGAACGUGUAUGUCGCCAUGUGCUACUACAAGCUCGAUUACUACGACGUGUCACUCGAGAUCAUGCAAGCGUACUUGCAAGCGUUUCCCGACUCGGUGAUCGCGAUCAAUGUCAAGGCGUGCAACCAGUUCAAGCUGUACAAUGGCAAUGCGGCCAAGGACGAGCUCCGUGUGCUGACGGAAAAAGGCUACAACAUUGAGACCAACGAUCUCGUAACCCACAACAUGGUCGUGUUUGAGGACGGGCAGAACGCGCUGCGCACGCUGCCACAAGUUGUCGAGUCGUUCUCGGAAGCGCGGUUGAACUUGGUAAUUUACUACCUCAAGCACGGCAAAGUCCAAGAAGCGUUCGACCUGAUCAAAGACGUCGAGCCGUCCACGCCGCAGGAAUACAUUUUGAAAGGGGUCGUGCACGCGACAUUGGGGCAGCAAACCAAUUCGCGCCAGCACAUCAAGACGGCACAACAGUACUUUCAACUCGUCGGGAGCUCGCCGACAGAGUGCGAUACCAUUCCAGGACGGCAGUGCAUGGCAUCGUGCUUUUACUUGCUCAAGCAGUUUGAAGACGUCAACAUUUACCUCAACUCGGUCAAACAGUACAUGUACAACGAAGACGACUUCAAUUGGAACUUUGGCAUUUCGCUGUGCAACACAGGCAGUCACGCCGAGGCGCUGGAAACGCUGCUGCGGAUCACCAAGGACGAGUACAAGCACGACUACUGCUACAUUUCGUGGCUGUGCCGGUGCUACAUUUUGAACGCGAACCCGUCCAGCGCGUGGGAUCUUUACCUAAAGCUCGACAACUCGGACGAGUCGUUCAACUUGCUCCAGUUGAUUGCCCACGAUUGCUACAAGAUGGGUGAAUUCUUCUAUGCUGCCAAGGCGUUCGACGUGCUCGAGCGACUGGACCCGGACCCCGAGUACUGGGAAGGCAAGCGCGGGGCAUGCGUGGGGGUGUUUCAGAAGGUUGUGGCGGGCAAGGCGUCCCACGUCGAGCUCGAAGAAGUGUUUGGCAUGCUCAAGACCAACAACAACCCCCAAGUCGAGUACAUUGUUCGCAUCAUGAAAAAGUGGUGCACCGAAAACGGCAUAUCGCUCUAGUGUCGAUAAGCUGCUUUGACUAAGGAUAUGCGUGGAUGCGACGCCGAGAGGCCGAGCUCGUCCUGCAAUUCAUCGCGACAGUCGCGCCGAUCUCACUACCACGUGAUAGUCAACCGAGUGUUCGGCGAGCCAUGGACUUCCGGGUCCAUCGUUUCGGGCAUGUUGAGC